AUGGUGCUUGAAGACUGGCAUGAAGCGGCUUUCGUGGCAGCUGCGACCGUGUUCGAACUGGCCUUGUUUGCGAAGCUGACGAUGCUUUUGCUGUACAGGAAGAAGACAGUGAAAGAGUGGUUCACGAGCCGCCUCAGACAUGUGAGAGAUUUGAUGCUUCCUCUGUGCUCCGGGAAGGAGGAGGCACUGGUGAAGGAGUCCACUCACCUUCACAUGCGGAUUGCCCGAGGAGUCACCACCUAUCUGACGGUUGUAGCGCUCUUUGGGCUCAUUCUGGGACAGGCGACGGCGCUCAUGGAGCAGCCUUUCUGGGUGUCAAUUCCACAGCUUUGGAACGUCUUGGUGUCGGGCCUGCUCGGUUUAACCUGUCUGGUUUUUCCCUCCAUCCUCCGACCUUCCACCACCGACGUCCUCUACAUUGCUUUCAACGCCAUUCCACUCGUGGCACUCCUUCCUUCACACUGUUUGCCCCAGGAUCUCUUCAUGAGCUGGUUCGUGAUAUUCAUCCUCAUCCGCUUGCCUUCCAUCCCUUUGGCUUCUUGUGGCCUCACGGUCCUCUUCGCGGACGCUUCCUUCCUAGCGCUGACGGCCCUGCGCAGACGCUUCGAUCAUUUCGAGGUCGUGGACAGUCUUGGCCUGAGCACUCGCGAUCCCACCCUCUUGGUCCGCGUGGACAUGUAUGCGACGGUUUCAACCUUGGCCUUCAGCUUCAUCUUCCUUGCAUCGAUGAGAAUGAAAGCGGAGCUCAUCGCAGGCACCAACAACCUGUCCUCGCAGCUGAGCGCUGCCUCGUCACUGCUUCGGCUGACCUGUGAUGCAGUUGUCGAACUGGACAGUGAGUUGAGGUUCACGGAUCAUUCACCGGAGCUCUCCGCGAUGCUUCUCCAUGAUCGACCAAACACGACCCUGAAGGCAAAGUGCUUUACCGACUUUAUGCAACCCGUGGAUGCAGGCAGAGCCAUCGAGAUUCUGGGUUCCAGCAGCAACCUCUCUUCAUUCUCGACGCAGGAGAUCACAGCGCACGCCUUUCACACGCGCCUCGUGGACAGCUGCUCCAGCAAGCUUUGCGCCGAAGUCUUCCAGGUGAAGUAUUCGAAGCUGGAUGGGAAGUCCUACCAUCUACUGGGGAUUCGCGACUUCACCGACAUCAAAUCUUUGGCCGGACCCAAUGCUGUGGACGCCUUCGCCGAGGGCCAGGAAGACAGAGAUCAUGUCAAUGUAUCAGAC